GAGAUGCUCAACUCCUCCAAGCAGUCCUCUUGGCAUUGGAAAACAAAAGUGGAGCUGUCUGAUAUAGCUUCCAGUCUGUGACAAAGAUUACGGAUUGACUUCUGGCGUUGCAAAGUGAGAGCUGGUCGUAAACUCCGUUGCAAUCUACUGGAAGCUUUCUGUUUACAGGAGUGAUCGGAGGCGAGGCGGCAAAUAGUGCCAAACCCCAUGGCACCGCGCUGUUUCUUUCUGAGGGCAGAGACGUUCAGGACGCCAGGAACAUUAGACAUGUUUGUGCGUUCCACGUGCAGACUCAAUGGCAACAAUAUGCUGUAAUCUUCCCAUCAGUGAAACUGCACAGCUGGUCCCCGCAGACGCUCGGCUGUGCUCUGAAGCUGGCCUAAGUCAGGUCGAGAACUGUAUUCACUGUUACCGCUGCACAGUGGAGCCUUUGACGCAACAUUAAAAGGAAAGGAGGACUUGAUCCCUGUUUCCAUCGGUUGCCAGGUUGGCCCAAACUGAGAUCUGUGGCGUUAUUUUUCACGCUGUGUCCCACCCGGAAAUUGGUGUGAGGAUUUCUGCCGUGCAAUGGGAUUCCUAUUGGAUUGUUUGCUUUCAGAAGCUAGUUGAGCUGAAGGAGAAGCUUUCAUUCUGUGUCCACUGACUGGAGCACUUACUUCGAUGCUGCUACUUUAACAGGCAACCUCGGAGUUAAAAUUAACACUUGAGAAACCGAGACAAGCUGUACCGCCGCUGGACUCUGAGAAUCGCUUGAUCUCUUUUGCCAUUUUUUUUGAAAGAAGCAAUUGGAAAAUAGAACGUCAGAAGUUUUCCUGCCUGUAUCCGGACAUCUUCGAGAAUACCAGCACAGACUUGUGCUUGUGUAAGCUACACACUUCACUGGUGUAUUUGUAUGUUAACGCUUCUCAUGUUUUUUUAAUCUUGCUAAGACCUAUUCUUUGCGGUGAGAACAUCUUAACAAAAAAGCGUGUGAAUUCUGUCAAGUUUAGUGGAGAGAAGAUUGGGAAAAUCCAAUUGGCAGAUCUAGCCAUGAAGAAGAAUUCAGAGUGUAUUUGUGGCUGUUUCCUAGAAUAAUCCAACCUGGGAUGAAGCUGUUUCAGACCUGGUAAUGAAUAAUGAGGAUGUAGUGUGUAAGAGCUGCUGGAAACCAAGGAUGAGGGACCUCGUUGGCUAGGCAGCAUUUAUUGCCCAUCCCUAAUUGCCCAGAGGGCAGUGAAGCAUUAACCACGUUGCUGUGGGUCUGGAGUCACAUGUAGGCCAGACCAGUGUUCGUCAGAGGAAGACCCUCGCUGGAAAUGUGGAGAAUUGCAAGAACUGAACCACUUAGUUCAGGGAGUGAUGGUGUCACUGUCAAAUCGAUCUGGACUGAUUAACCAGACUGGCACUCCAGAUAGGCUAGAUGUGGUUAAGAAUGAUGCGGAGAGGAAUGCCAACAUGGAUUUGGCGACUCGCUAUGGUAUUGGUUCUACUGUGUUGCAUAGUUUCCUUGUUGUACAUGUUGGCAUGCACUCCAAAGGUGGAAGAUGGCCAGCCCAUACUGCCGAGGGUGGGUGGCACAACUGGUAAGGAUAAUUUGCAGGUGCUGCUUGAGGAACGUGAGCAGCAACACCGUAAUUACAUCACCAGUUUAAAGAGACAAAUUGCGCAACUGAAGGAGGAACUGCAGGAACGCAGCGAGCAGCUGAAGGCUGCACAGGAUCACUAUGGUGACUCGCUCGGAGUUCAUGUUGACCGGAGCAGCCCGGAAAAGACACCAGCAGGUCUGCUUGAAUUUCUGCACUCUCAGAUUGACAAAGCAGAAGUCUACUCUGCAGUCAGACUGCCCACGGAAUAUUCAGUGAUACCGUUCGAGAGCUUCACUUUACAGAAAGUGUACCAGCUGGAAAUGGGCCUGACGCGGCACCCUGAGGAGAAACCAGUCCGAAAGGAUAAACGAGACGAGCUGGUGGAAGCUAUUGAGGUUGCACUAGAAUUUCUGAACACCCCUGAAGAUGAAGGAGCGACAAAUCAGCGCAUGCAUGCAGCUGCUGACUUUGUUGAAGGUAUCUAUCGCACUGAGAAAGAUAAAGGCACUUUGUAUGAGCUGACUUUCAAAGGAGACCAAGCCCAUGAGUUCAAACGCUUAGUUUUAUUUCGUCCCUUUGGCCCCAUCAUAAAAGUGAAAAAGGCAAAAGUGGAUACAUCCAACAUGCUGAUUAAUAUCAUAGUGCCUCUGGCGAAAAGAGCUGAUAAAUUCCGACAGUUUAUGCACAAUUUCAGGGAGGUGUGUAUACGACUGGAUGGCCGAGUUCACCUCACUGUGGUCUACUUUGGGACAGAACAAAUGACUGAAGUAAAAUCCAUACUUGAAUACAUAUCUAGAGAAGCAAAUUACAGGAACUACACCUUCAUUCUAUUGAAGGAGGAUUUCUCACGUGGGAAAGGAUUGGAUGUUGGUGCCCGGGCUUGGAAAGGGAACAAUGUCCUGCUGUUUUUUUGCGACGUCGAUAUAUACUUCACAGCGGAGUUCCUGAACACAUGCAGAUUGAACGCCCAGCCAGGAAAGAAGGUUUUCUACCCAGUCCUCUUCAGCCAAUAUAACCCUACCAUUAUUUAUGGUGGUCAUGACUCCAUUCCACUGAUUGAACAACAGUUGGUGAUUAAGAAAGAUUCAGGCUUCUGGAGGGACUUUGGUUUUGGAAUGACUUGCCAAUAUAGAUCAGACUUCAUCAAUAUAGGUGGUUUUGACUUGGACAUAAAAGGUUGGGGUGGUGAGGAUGUUCACCUGUAUCGCAAAUACCUGCACAGUGACCUGAUAGUGAUUCGGACACCGGUCCGCGGACUCUUCCACCUUUGGCACGAGAAGCGUUGUGUGGAUGAGCUGACCCCCGAGCAGUACCGCAUGUGUAUGCAGUCGAAAGCCAUGAACGAGGCCUCCCAUGCCCAGCUGGGAAUGCUGGUCUUCAGGCAUGAGAUUGAAGCUCACCUCCGCAAACAGCGACACAAGACCAGUGUGAAGAAAACGUAAGAGCAGCCCCAGGCUGCAUUUCCUUUAGCACUGGGGGGGGAACCUGAUGUUGAUAGCCAGGCAACCCGGAAACAAAUAGUUUUCAAAUUGCGUCCUGCAAUGUGAAACGCCUCCAUUCCACUGUCGUUUGCUGUUCUCCUUCGACCUAAGUGAAAGUCAAGCAUGCUACCAGUUAGAUUUACAGUUUGGAACGUCUAUAGCUUCAGGGUCAGUCAGAGGUUAAUUAAGAUAAAUUCCAUUGCUCAGAAAGAGACAUGAAAUUGGAUGCUGGCCCCUUGGGUCACUGACACUGCAGUGUGCACGUGUAUAGUACUUAAAUAUUCUCAUUAAAAGGAUGGCUUCGUUUUGUCAAGGACUUGCUCUGAAGAAUCAAUCAACAGUUCAUGGCUCGAAUGGUCACUUAGGUCAAUUGUAAAUGUUACGGUAAGUAUGGAGGAAGAAGCCUAUUUAGCUUGUUCCAGCUAAUUCUUCCAACAACAUCCUAUUUGUUAGUCUCCAGCCAUUAUACUGUGUUCACUCCAUCAGUUGAUCAUCUUAAAUUGACUUUUUUGACUGCAACCCCCAAAGGCUAUUUCACAAUUUAAUGUAUCGUUUUCUGUUCUGCUUGCUAUCUUGUAACUCUAAGAUUGCCUGCAGUGACCUCCCUUCAAGCCUGAAGAGUGCAAGUUUUGGAGAGAUCGCUUUCUAAUUCAGUCCUCUGACAAUGGGGAAAUUAGCCUCAAAGCUCUGGUCUGCAUUGCCUUCAACAAAAUGCACUUUUCCCCUGUGAUCCAGACGUAAUGUCAAGGGGCAUUCUGACCAGCGCACUGUCAAACAGCUUAAUUUGUAAAGCACCUUAUCAUAAGUCUCUGAAUGGCCCAAAGGUUUUUUUUGGAUGGAUAACUAUUUACUGUGAAGUAGCUGGUUAAGGAGGAAACGUGACAGCUAUUUUUCUGCCGUACAAACCUUUACAGCCAGUUGAACAAUAUCUUUUUCCCCUUCAAAGACCUGUUGAAGGACUUGCUUCAAAAUAUGCUGUGCAGCUUUGUCAGCAGAAUUGUUUACUGCUUGUUAAAUGUUUGUGAAGAUUCCUCACUGCUUUGCAUGUUCCCCCCCACCCCCCCCAACUCAUGAAGCAUUGCUAUUGCAUUUCCUUCAGUCCUAUGUGCAAUAUUCCAUGCAGAGGUUAAUCAGUUACCUGCUGUAUCUAGCCCCUUGGGCAGAUCUCUGUCUCCUUAGAUAAAAGCAGAGGGACUGUUUUGACCUGCAUCCUCACAAACGCGGCAGCAACAUAUCCAAGUGUUGAGCUUAGACCAAAAGUAAAAAGGAUCGUCAGAUGGCCAACAGAUUCCAGGAGAGCAAAGCCUGCUCCCAAAGAUGUGGCUGACAGCUUUGCUUCUGCAAACCUGUUCUCGCUAAUACUGGACACACAGGGGCAAUUCCAAGUCUGAAUAUUCCAGUGAAUUAAUGACUCAAGCUAUUGCAAUUGCACUUUUGUUUGUUUGCUUUCUGACUUUUGGCAGCCUGCUGUGUAGAAAGUGGAAACCUUACUGAAAAAAUAAAAUCGUUCUACAGUUUAGUGAGGUCAUGUAUGAACAACAUGGUAAUGAACUGUGCGCAUUGUUGCCUUAAAGUUGUCAAUUGAUAUAAUGAUAUUUUCCUGCAAACAUUGUUUUAACAGCAGCUGAACCAACAGGUUCCAUCACAAAUUACAUUUCACAAUCACCUUUUAUUCUUCUACAGUCAGGUCGAGCAGGAAAUAGAUUAGGAAAACCCCUAGGAAUGUACCAUAUGAUUUGUUUCAUCUCUACUCAAAUCAUGAAGCUGACGAUAGUGUUGAACUAUUGCACUGCAGUCAUCCAUUUAUUUCAAGUCACUGUAAUUUGUUUAGAGGCAAAACAACUGUCAGCUAUUUCUGUUGUAUCUCUGUUGUAACUGACCAAGGCAGAGAGGAAUUAUAGAUUAUCAAGAGGAGAUUUUGUUUUGUUUGGGCUAUGGACUCUGACUGGCAAUCUCCUCGUUGUUCUUGCAGGAAAGGUUAGCUAGCAGGUUCCAUAAAGCUAAGUUAUGUCCAACCCAAUGUUAUGGGACCGGAAUCUGCUGGUAUUGACAUGACCCAUGCGCACCUUGACAUUUGAAGUGGGUGGGAUUUCAUGGCUUUGAGAUGCUGCAGAAGUAGCCUUGGUGAAUGCACACAAGAGUUGGCUUCAAGAAGCAAAGCAAGUCAAGAUUAAAAUGGAAUUUGAGCUUGAGUAUUUGAAGUUAGAACAGCAAAUGUCUAGAAAGUCAUAUCAAGUAAGAGAGAGAAAAAAAAUAAUGGUUAAUUCUAGAGACUUCCAGCAUUUGUUUCUUUUUACACAUUUGAAGGUCUUGCUGAGAGGCUGCGAGCAUUUGGUUAACCAAUAUCUUGCAGGAGCUUUGGUCUCUCAGCAGCUUUAGAAAUGCAGAGAUGAUUUGGGUUUUGGCAGGCAAUUGAUCAGAAGUCACAAUAGCCCCAUUAACGUGGAGAUCCUAUCUCCAGCAGCACCAAUCACAAAUAAAUUUGGUUCAAAAUUUUCAGGAAAGAUUGCCUUGAGAGAAGUCGCUCCUCAAGAACAAGUGUAUAUUAGAUAAUGUGUGUGUUUGUACUUAUUCUCAGGAGACUAUGGGUUAGGGCAGAAUACACAAAAAUUAAGCUACCAAAGGCUGCAUGAUUGAAACCAGAUCUCAUUAAAACUAGUUUGCACUUUACAAUUGUAAUCUCAAAGUUGGUGUAAACGGGCAUCUGAUUUCUUAAAUGACAGAGUCACUAGUUACAUCCAUGACCUCCUGGUGAGGCGUAUGUUUACUACCUGUUCCAUUGAGACUCUUAUAACCACAAAUGCUCCAGCUAAGUAGGCCCAAUGAUAGCGCAUUUCCCAAGCUGUGGCCUACAUAUGGACUCCCCACUAAUCACAAAACAGGACCCAAGCAGACACUCAGCUUUUUGUGUUUCCUCUAGAAUGACAUACUUGAUGGUAUGAGUGGGUGAGGGCAAACGAGGAGGAAAAGACAAACCUUUCCUCCUCUAGCAACAGUGGAAUCUGAUAAACUUGAUACAUCCAGGGUUUUUUUUUUAAAUAUAGGUAUGUUACAGUAAUUCUGCAAAAUACCUUGGACCGAACAUGUUAAUUAAAAUCUAUGCAGUAUUUGUACAGUCAUCUGUGGAUUUCAGGUUUGUGAAGUGUUGUUGAACUUUUAUAAAGAGCUUCAGUGUUAAACAAAUGUUUACAUUAACUGGAUUUAAGUUGCUCAAACCAGAGCCUGGGCAUUCACAACUUAAACAAUGUACCUAAGUUCCUCGCUAUUGAUCAAAUGAAUUACUGCUGACUUGUGGUCCACUGCUUUCUUAUGGAUAUGAAUAACACAUUGCUAUCCUGUUGUAAACUUCAACUCAAUACUGAUUCAUUUAGACUUCUAGGGAGCACGCAGCCAUUUGGCCCUUUACACUCAUGCUGGUUCUUUGAACAAUUUGUCAAAUUAGUCUCCGUCCCCAUAACGCAAUGCUAAACAGGUUCCCUUCUGAAAGUUACUAUUGCAUCAGUUUCCAUCACCUUUUCAGUCAGUAAUCCAGAUCAUAGAUUGCUGUAUAAGAAAAUCUCAGUUCCUGUAGUAUUCUUCCUUCCUCUGGCUGCAGAUGUACAAUGUGGAAAAAGCACACAUUUGCAUCUAUUUCCUUAGCUCAUGAUUCCUGGAAUAGGUCACUAGAUUGAAGCCAGAAGCUAUAGUUCAAGAACACCCUACCAAGUGAGUCACUCACUCUUAUUGCCACUGUCGGUGUUUUGGAAAGAUUUGCAGGUUGAUACAUAUUUCACAUUGACUACAUCUUCCAUAGUUGCCAGCUCCCUGACAGGACUGUAACCCAUUCUCCCUGGAUCUUUUGUUAAUUACUUUUAAUCUUAAUCUGUGUCUAGUUACUGGCCCUCCUGCCAUUAAGAAUCAGUUCUCUCCAUCUACUCAAAAUCCUUCCUAAUUCACACUGAUUUUGUAAAUACAUUUGCAGCUAAAGAAUAGUGUGCAAAAUUUGAGGCUCAGGCCGGGUAACUUGAUACACAAAAACUUUCCUUCAGUUUGGCCACUGGCGUGAUGAAGCUUGGUACAAAAUUAAAUGGACCAGAGAACUGAACUUUGCCCAGCUCUAUUGAAAUACAUUGCUGAAAAAAGUUUUUGUAUCCUUUGCUGUUCUGUAGAUUUUAAUGCAUUUACUUUUUAAUGAUGAUAAUUUAAGUUCACUGUAAAAUACUGUACAGUAACUGAAUUCAGGUAAGCUAAAGUUGUGCUGUUUAGAGUGUUUUGUAUAAACGCUGAACAAUGAACAAGUUUCACAAUAAACAUAACCCUGUCUCUA